ACAGAGCUGCGCGAGAAGACAACGGCGCUGCUGACUCCACAGCGCGCGCGGUACGAUAUCCAAACUUCAACAGAGGAUAAAAUGAAGCGACUCCGGCUCGUGCUUCUGACCGCGUUGCUAUGGCAAUGCUGCCAUGCCCAGCAGAGAGGACUGUUCCCGGCUGUGUUGAACCUGGCAUCCAUGGCAGAUAUAUCCGCUAAUGCUACCUGUGGUUCACUGGGUCCAGAAAUGUUCUGUAAGCUGGUGGAACAUGUACCAGGCCAGCCUAUUAGAAACGCUCAGUGUCGAAUCUGCAACCAAAAGAGUACAAAAGCAGCUGAACAACAUCCUAUAGAAUAUGCCAUAGAUGGCACCAAUCGUUGGUGGCAAAGUCCCUCUAUCAAGAAUGGAAUGGAGUACCACUAUGUGACUAUUACUCUGGACUUAAAACAGGUUUUUCAGAUCGCCUAUAUGAUCAUAAAGGCAGCCAACUCACCUCGCCCAGGUAACUGGAUCCUAGAGCGUUCAAUAGAUGGGGUGACCUUUGAUCCCUGGCAGUACUACGCCAUCACAGACACAGAGUGCCUGACGAGGUUCAACAUUAAUCCACGGACAGGACCUCCAUCCUACACCAGGGAUGAUGAAGUUAUCUGCACAUCUUUUUAUUCAAAGAUUCACCCUCUGGAGAACGGAGAGAUCCACACGUCUUUGAUCAAUGGUCGGCCCAGUGCAGAUGACCCCUCCCCGACCCUGCUGAACUUCACCUCUGCCCGCUACAUCAGGCUGGUGUUUCAGCGAAUCAGAACGCUGAACGCCGACCUCAUGACUCUGACACUCCGUGACCCGAGAGAUGUCGAUCCCAUCGUGACGAGACGAUACUAUUAUUCCAUUAAGGACAUCUCAGUCGGAGGAAUGUGUAUCUGUUACGGCCACGCCAAAGCUUGUCCACUCAACACUGUUACAAAGAAGUUUAGCUGUGAAUGUGAACACAACACAUGCGGGGAGAGCUGUGAUCGUUGUUGCCCUGGUUACCACCAGCAGCCCUGGAUGGCAGGAACCUUCCUCACUCGACAUGUCUGCGAGAAGUGUAACUGCCACGGCAAAGCAGAGGAGUGCUACUUCAAUCAGACAGUAGCAGACCUGUCACUCAGCCUAAACAUCCAAGGUCAAAACAGAGGGGGUGGAGUCUGUAUUGGUUGCCGUGACAACACAGCUGGAAUCAACUGUCAAACAUGCGUUGCAGGAUUCUACAGACCCACUGGGGUGAGCGCUGAGGAGGAGAAGCCCUGCAUCCCCUGCUCGUGUGACUCACAUGGUUCCAUCAGCCAAUCAUGUGUCCCAGAUUCAAGCCAGGCUACGCCCGUUCAGCCAGCAGGGUCAUGCCGGUGUAAGGAGGGUUUUGGGGGUCUGCAAUGUGACAGGUGCGCUGUCGGUUAUAUGGGCUACCCAUCCUGCCAGCGCUGUAACUGCAGUGUGGAAGGAAGCACCAACGAUGACCCAUGUGUAACACCCUGCGUGUGCAAGGAAAACGUGGAGGGGGAAAACUGCGACCGCUGUCAACUGGGAUUCUACAACCUCCAAGGUGACAAUCGGCGUGGCUGUGAAAAGUGCUCCUGUAUGGGUGUUUCCAGUCAGUGCUCUGCCUCCACAUGGACCUAUCACAAUGAGACCACUCUGAUAGGCUGGCACCUGCUUGGAGAAACAGGAGGAAGAGUGUGGUCCGUUCACAGACAGACACCUCCAUAUCUCAGCGUCCGACACUCAGACGUUGUGAGUGAUCUUGGCUCCGCCUACUACUGGAACGCACCUGGACUAUACCUGGGAAACAAGCUUUCAGCCUAUGGAGGGAGUGUGGUCUACACUGUGUCUUAUACUACAGACCAGCAAGAACAAAUGGCCAUUAGAGUCACCUCACAACCUGACAUAAUCAUAGAGGGAGGCGGGAUCAAGAUUAUUGACAAAAGGUUUGGCCAGCCAGUGUACCCGUCCUCGCCAAGCACCAAUCGCAUUGCUCUCCUUCCAGAAAACUUCCUGGUUUCAGAGAGCGCACGGCCGAUUAGUCGAAGGGACUUCCUGUCUGUGUUGGCCAAUGUGACCCGUGUGAUGGUGCGGGCCUCUUAUAGCACAGAACCCAGCGCUGUGUACAGAUUCCACCUAUUCUCAAUGCAGGUAGCUAACCCCUCUGCCAGAGGAGAGAGGAGAGCAUCAGCUGUAGAAAGCUGCUCUUGCCCUCCUGGAUAUGCUGGAACGUCGUGUGAGGCAUGUAUUCCUGGUUUUCGGAGGGUUAACGGGAAUCUCUAUAAUGGCGUGUGUGAAGCUUGUCAUUGCCAUGGACAUGCUACACAAUGCCACGACAUCACAGGACACUGCCUGGACUGCUCCCACCACACCACCGGCCCCUUCUGUGAUACCUGCCUACCCGGUUACUAUGGCAACGCCACCCGUGGGUCACCUGCAGACUGUCAUCCCUGCACCUGCCCGCUCAAUCUUCCUAGUAACAAUUUCAGCCCCACCUGCCACCUAGGUGAAGAAGGGGAGUUGCUGUGCGACCAGUGCCAGCCUGGGUACACAGGACCACGAUGUGACCGAUGUUCCAGUGGAUACUACGGCCAGCCCACUGUACCAGGGGGAUCCUGCCAGCCCUGUGAUUGCAACGGCAACCUUGACCUAUCCAUAUCUGGCAGCUGUGAUCCAAUCACAGGCCAGUGUCUGCGCUGUCGUCAAGGUUAUGGCGGCGUUUCUUGCGAAAGUUGCGCUGACGGUUACUACGGAGAUGCCAUCACAGCAAAAAACUGCCAAUCCUGCCAGUGCCAUACUAAUGGCUCUGUAUCUGAGGUCUGCGAUAAGGAGACUGGACGGUGCCAGUGCAGAAAAAAUGUGGCUGGACGACAGUGUGACGAGUGCAUCCCUCAGACUCACGGCAUUAGCACAGGUGGAGUGUGUGCCCCGUGUCACUGUAACUCGUUUGGUUCCAAGUCGUUUGACUGUGAUGAAACCGGUCAGUGUCGGUGUCAGCCGGGCGUCACCGGACCAAAAUGUGAUCGAUGCUCACGAGGAUUCUUCAACUUCCAGGAGGGAGGCUGCACACCCUGUCAGUGCAGUCAUGUGGGGAAUAACUGCGAUGCUAACACAGGACAGUGUAUCUGUCCUCCAAACACCAUCGGUGAGAGGUGCGACCUCUGUGCUCCCAACCACUGGGGCCAUGAUAUCAUAACUGGAUGCAAGGCGUGUGGCUGCAGUGUGAUCGGCUCAGUGAGCCAGCAGUGUAACGUCAACACAGGCUGCUGCAUCUGUCGCGACUCCUUCAGAGGAGAGAAAUGCAAUGAAUGUCAAAUUGGAUACAGAGACUUUCCUCAGUGCACCCAGUGCAAGUGUAACGUCGCAGGAUCGGACAGCCAGACCUGCGACCUGGAGAGAGAAGUGUGCGCCUGCGCCGAUCGAACGGGAAAGUGUAGCUGCAAGGCAAAUGUGAAAGGGGACAACUGUGAUCGCUGUAAGCCAGACACGUUUGGGUUGUCGUUACGAAACCCACUUGGCUGCAGCAACUGUUACUGUUACGGACUGACACGCUCCUGCACAGAGGCACAAGGGCUCAUCAGGAUGUGGUUAACGCUCAAGCCUGAGCAGACGGUGCUCCCCCUGGUGGAUAAAUCCAACACUGCAGAGACGAGGAGAGGAGUGAGCUUCCAGCACCCUGAGAUCCUCGCUCAUUCAGAGCUGGUCACCUCAACUCUCUCUGAACCCUACUAUUGGAAACUGCCGGAGCAGUUCAGAGGCUCUAUGAUCACAGCAUAUGGUGGGCAGUUGAAAUAUGCAGUGUACUACGAGGCCAGAGAUGAAACUGGUCCUUCCUCCUAUGAGCCUCAGGUCAUUAUUAAGGGCGGUCCUAACCGCAACAUCCUGAUGACACGCCACAUACCGGGACUCCAGAUUGGUCAGCUGACCCGCCACGAGAUCGACAUGACAGAGCAUGAGUGGAAGUACGCAGAUGGCAGGUCCAUGACUCGAGAGGACUUCAUGGAUAUUUUGUUCUAUGUGGACUACAUCCUAAUUAAGGCAUCACACGGCAACUUGAUGAGACACAGCCGUAUUUCAGAAAUCAGUCUAACAGUGGCCGAGGAUGGCAGACCAACCAAAGAGAGCGAGAAAGCACAUCAGAUAGAGAAGUGUGAUUGUCCAAUCGGAUACUCUGGACUUUCCUGUGAGGAGUGUGCUGCAGGUUUCUACCGUCUUCGUGCCAGUUCCCUGGCAUCUGCUCCAGCGUCAGGAGCGCCCACCGCUGCCGGCAUGGGCAGUUGUGUUCAGUGCCAAUGCAGUGGGCACUCUUCCACCUGUGACCCUGAGACAUCCAUAUGCCAGAACUGUCAAGACAACACAGAGGGUGAUCGGUGUGAACGCUGCGCUCCGGGAUUCUACGGUGUGGUCCGAGGUUUCCAUGACGACUGCAAACCUUGCGCUUGUCCCCUCACCAACCCAGAGAACAAUUUCAGUCCAACCUGUGUAACUGAGGGAUUUGAUGACUACCGAUGUACUGCCUGUCCUGAGGGAUAUGAGGGCAAAUACUGUGAGAGGUGUGCUACUGGUUACCAUGGUAACCCACGGAUGCCUGGCGGCCGCUGCGAGGAAUGUAAGUGUUCCUUGUGGGGGGCGCUGCCUGGACCAUGUGACCCUGUCACAGGCCAAUGCCGUUGCAGGGUCGGGGCAUCGGGAAAGUCAUGUGACCAGUGCAUGGACAGGCAUGUGUGUGGACCAGCUGGGAUCAUCUCCUGUGAUGAUGAGUGCUCGGGUCUGUUGAUCAGUGAUAUGGACCGCCUGUAUCGCAUCAUCACUGAAGUCACCCUGACCACACCCCUCCCACCACCUUAUAGGGUGUUGUACCGCUUUGAGAACAUGACAGAGGAACUCAAGCACAUGCUGUCACCUCAGAGAGCUCCGGAGAGAUUACUGCAACUGGCCGACUCCAACCUGGGAUCACUGGUCGUUGAGAUGGACCAACUACACAGCAGGGCCACUAAGGUGUCUGCUGACGGAGAGCAGGUUGAGGAUGAUGCUGACAGGAUUCAUAAACGAGCUGAGGACCUGGAGCAGUUCAUCAGGGAUACACUUCUGGGAGCUCAAGACCUCCAGUCGAAAGCUGCCGACUUGAACCAGACUCUCUCGCGGAGAGAUGGAACUCCAGACAGAAGCCUGAAGGAGAUGAAGGAGGAGAUCCAGGCCAUGCUAGCCGAGAUGAGAAAACGACAGCUGGGAGGGAAGAAGAGUAUCGCCGAGGAAGAGAUGGACCUAGCAGAGGAGUUGUAUCAGAAAGUGAAAAGAUUAUUUGGCGACCCCCAUCAGGCCACAGAAGACCUGAAAGCAGAGAUAAAAGAGAAGCUCUCAGACCAUGAGGGAAAGCUCCAGGAGGCCCAGGAUCUACUCUACUCUGCCCAGGGAAAGACCAGGCAGGCUGGCUCACUGGCUGAACAAAACCAUGCUAACCUUACAGCCCUGGAGAGGAAGCUCUCUGCAGUGAGCGGGGUGAAACAGAAAGCACAGGAGGUCCUUGGAGAAGGAGAGCGUUUACUGGGUGAAGCAAACCAGCUUUCUGACAACAUCAACAAGGAGCUAGAGGACUUGGAGGAAAUGGGAAGAGAGCUGGGUCCUCUUCAUGACCAGCUGGGUGACAAAGUCAGUCACCUUACCAACGGUUUAAGUGACGGCAGCCUGGCUAAUCACGUGCACGAUGCAGAGGAACACGCCAAGCAGUUGAACGAAUCUGCUGCCAUUUUGGAUGGUAUUUUGGCUGAAGCUAGAAAUCUCUCCUUCAACGCAACAGCUGCCUUCAAGGCCUAUAGCAACAUUAAAGCAAAUGUCGAUGCAGCGGAGAAAGAGGCGAAGGCAGCCAAACAGAGGGCAAGUGAGGCACUGGCACUGGCUUUAGAUCCAGAGGUCCAAGUAAAGGAAGCAGCGCAAGGUGCCCUUCAGAAGAGCCACAGAUUGCUGGACCAAGCUAAACAACUACAAAAUGAUGUCAAAGAGAAUGCAGAUGGUGUGGCCGGGCUGAAGGGCAGAGUUAAAGCAGCGAGAGACAAAGCCAAAGACCUGCUGAAAGCUGUCAACGGAACCAUGGCAACGCUCAACGCUAUCCCCAAUGACACAGCAGCUAAGCUAGCAGCCACAAAGGCUGUAGCAGCUGAUGCUAACGCCACGGCCAUAGACGUCCUGGAGCGUCUUGGUGAUUUGAACCUGCGAGUUAAAGGCCUACAGAGGAACUACAGCGAGCUGGAGGACACUGUUAAUGCAGCCAAUCAGAUGAUCCAGGACCCAGACAAAAACACCAUCAUCCACGCUGCAGGAGCUAAAGUGAAGGAUUUAGAGGAUGAAGCUGACAGACUGUUGGAGAAGCUGCAGCCAAUCAAAAAGCUGCAGGACAAUUUGAGGCGAAACAUCUCACAAAUCAAGGAACUGAUCAACCAAGCCAGGAAACAAGCUAACUCGAUCAAAGUAUCAGUGUCAUCAGGUGGUGACUGUCUCCGUAGUUACCGACCCGAUAUCAGGAAAGGGAGGUACAACACCAUCAUCCUUCACGUUAAAACCACCACACCUGAUAACCUGCUCUUCUACCUGGGGUCAGCCAAAUAUGUUGAUUUCCUUGCCUUAGAGAUGCGUAAGGGGAAGGUGAAUUUCCUCUGGGAUGUGGGUUCAGGUGUGGGGAGGGUCGAAUAUCCUCAUCACACUAUCCAUGAUGGGAACUGGCACAGAAUAGAGGCGUCUCGUAAUGGGUUGAAUGGCACCAUAUCAGUAUAUCCUCUGGAAGGCUCUAUGGCUGGUAUGAUGCCGACCCCGGCCAGUGCCAACUCGCCCACAGACUACACCAUCUUGGACGUUGACCAGAACGCCUACCUGUUUGUAGGAGGAAUACUCGGCACUGUCAAGAAAGCAGAUGCAGUAAGAACAACAACAUUCACAGGCUGCAUGGGGGAGACCUUUUUGGAUGGUAAACCUAUUGGACUGUGGAACUACAGAGAGAGACACGGAGACUGUAGAGGAUGUGUUGUCAGCCCCCAGCGUUCAGAUGGUGAGGGAACAGUUCAGCUGGAUGGUGAGGGCUACGCCGCAGUGGGACGACCCACCAGGUGGAACCCCAAUGUUUCCACCGUGACCUUCAAGUUCCGCACAUUUUCCUCCGAAUCUCUGCUCAUGUAUUUGGCUACUGAGGAUAUGAAGGACUUUAUGUCCCUGGAGCUGUCGGAGGGCAAGGUGAAGGUGAACUUUGACCUCGGGUCAGGGGUUGGCAGUGCCAUAUCAGCUAACCGCCACAAUGAUGGACAAUGGAAAUCCAUCACCAUGUCACGGAACAAGAAACAAGCCACGGUGAAUGUUGUGGACAUCGACAGCGGUGCCGAGGAGAAGAUAGUGGCCGCAUCUCAGGGCUCAGCUGCCGGUCUGAACCUCAAGGAAAACCAGAAGAUCUAUUUUGGAGGGCUGCCUACCAUUGGAAACUAUAGGUCAGAGGUCACUCUGAAGCGGUAUGCUGGCUGUCUUCGGGAGAUUGAAGUCUCCAGGACUCCAUAUAAUCUCCUCAGCAGUUCAGAUUAUACUGGGGUCACUAAAGGAUGUAAUGUAGAGAACCUGUACACAGUCAGUUUCUCUAAGCCGGGAUACAUGGAGCUCGGUGGCCUGUCGCUGGCGGUCGGCACAGAGAUCAGCCUGUCGUUCAGCACUCUGGCAGACACUGGGACCAUCUUGUUGGCUGUAGGCGGAGCUUCACCAAUCAGCCAACAGGCCCGGAACACAAACAUCCUCAACUCCAAAAGGAAACGCAGACAGUCUGGAGAGCCCUACAUCUCAGUCAUGCUGAACAAAGGCUCUCUGGAGGUCUUGGUGUUUACCGGCAGCCACAGUCCACGUCGUGUCAUCAGACGACCUGAGCAAGGCUUACUGAAUGAUGGGAGGGAGCACUCGCUGCGCAUUGAGAGGUCACCUGGCAGAUCCUUUGCAGUUCAGGUGGACGAGGAGGCAAAAAGGGAGGCAGCGCUUCCCAACGACCAGCCAGUGAGGUUGCAACGUGUCUUUCUCGGUGGUAUUCCUGCAGACGUAGAGCAGACAUCCAACAGAGCCAACAUCCCUUUCCAGGGAUGUAUAUGGAACCUCAUAGUCAACGCUGUUCUCUCAGAUUUCUCCCUGCCUGUGUCCUUUGAGAAUGCUGAAAUUGGACAGUGCCCAAACCUGGCCCCUGCGCCACCUUUACCUCUUCUGCCAGAAGAAGAGGAGCCCAAGAAGGAAAAGGAGGAGUCAAAGCCACUCCGUCCUCCACCGACCCCAACAACCGUUACACCAGCUCCAGGUCCUCCUGCUGAGGCCACGCCCCCUGCUGCACCUGCUGCCACACCCACUGCUGCUGCUGCUGCCCCGCCCACUACUAAACAGGAGCUCAGCGCUGACGUGGAUUCAUGUGCAUCAGCUGUGGCCCCGACAGUGCUGGAGAAGGCCUAUCAAUUUGGACUGACCAGGAACAGCCACAUGAGCUUUGCUUUUGAUGACACCAAAGUCAGAGAGAGGCUAAUAUUGGAGUUUGAGCUGAGGACGAAGGAGGAGUCCGGUCUGGUUCUCUACAUGGCAAGAAUCAACCAUGCUGACUUUGUUUCAAUACAGAUCAAGGACGGGCAGGUCUGUCUGGGUUAUGAUCUUGGUCAUGGAAAUAUAUCUGGCUGCGUCCCCUUCUCCAUUACUGAUGGGAACUGGCACAAGAUACGUGUGAGUCGUAUCAAGCAAAGGGGUCUACUUACGGUUGAUGGGCGAUACAGUAAACAGAUGAUCAGCCCAAAGAAGGCUGACCUGUUAGAUGUGGUGGGAAUGCUAUAUGUGGGUGGAUUACCACAAAACUACACCAGCAAGAGAAUCGGGCCGAUUCUCUACAGUAUCAAUGGAUGUGUCCGUAACUUUAAGAUGGUGGGAGGUCCUGUGAGCACUACAGGUCUCCCUGAGGCCUCCAUUGAGGACUUUAAAUUGAACAUGGACACGCCCACCUCCAGUCACAUGGUAGGAAGAUGCUUCGUUGCCACAGAGACGGGCACCUAUUUUGACGGCACUGGCUUCCUGAAAGCAGUCUCUUCUUACAGAGUGGGUCUGGAUGUGACGAUAGCAUUAGAGUUCAGGACCAGCAGAACCAGUGGAGUGCUUUUGGCCAUCAGUAACCAAGCCACCAAUGGACUGGGACUAGAGAUCGUCGGGGGCAAGCUGCUCUUCCACGUUGACAACGGAGCUGGACGGAUCACAGCGGAGCACGUGCCUGAGGGCGAGGGCUUCUGCGACGGACAGUGGCACUCCGUCAUUGCCAAGAAGCUUCGCCACAGGGUGGAGCUGGUGGUCGACGAGAAGCAGAGCCAAGCAGAGAGUCCCAACGCACGCUCCAACACAUGUGAAACCAACGACCCCAUCUAUGUCGGAGGAUAUCCAGAUGGAGUUCGACAGGCCGCUCUCUCUACCAGCACUUCAUUCAAAGGUUGUUUGAGGAACCUGAAGAUCACCAAGGCUUCCAAGACCAUGGAUGUGCAGUUCAACAAGGCUCUAGAGAUUAAAGGAGUCCAGCCUCUCUCCUGUCCUGCUCUAGCUGCGUAACCGUUAGCAUAGAGCUUCACCUUUGCUGUUUCCCUAUUACAGUACUCCGUCCAGAACCUGCACUGGGCACAAUGUUUAUAUAUCCAUGUGUUGGCCAGGUGCUGAGUCCAAAAAGUAGGUGAUAUGUUUCACAAGAACUCGCUUGUUGGAGCCCAGGUUUCAUUUUUAUCAGGUACAAAUGCAUCAAGUUUCUCUGCUAAACAGCUGUAUCCUGCCAAAUUAGGGAUGCAACAGUCAGGGAGAAGAAACACUGAAUGUUUAAAAUUCAAGAGAAAACUACAGAAAGCAACUAAAAACAACAGGAAAUGAUCUGCUCAAAUUUCAGCCAUAUUACGUCCUGCAGUUUAUCAGUACUGUUAUUGUUAUGCAUUGAAUAUGAAAUAUCCAUAAAAUAUGACUUAGUCAGUGGUCUCUUAAGGAAAAGUUUGGAAACCGCUACUAUAGGGUACUAUAUCUGAGUCGGGCUUAAAUAUGACACACGCCUGUGUGACCUUGAUGCCUCUGUACUUGAUAAAAAGCCAGAUUCCUUGUACGUGUUUACACUUACUUGGCCGUUAAAGCUGUAUCUACAUUGUGCUCUUACUAAAUUAAGAAAAAAGGAAGCAUUCGAUGUCCUUGUGAAAUACAAUUAUCGAUUCUUUCUGCCGAAAUCACAAAAUAAAAACACAAACUCAUCCAGUUUGUAGGGUCACUGACAAGAGUCUCAGUGUAUCAUAUAUUGCCUUUUGUAAAAUACAAAUAUCUAAAUGGCAUGAAAACACCUGUGUUUUGCUCCUGUUUGGGGCUAACAACGUGUUACAAUUUUCAGUAUGAGAACAUGACUUAAUUUACAGUGUAAGGCUCUGGUCAAUAAAUCUUAUCAUGGCUACAAA